AUGACAAAAACCAGUUAUGAGCGUAAGAGGGAUGAGAAUGUAGGAGCGAUGGUUCCAGAACUCGCCUCGGAAGAAGCAAAAAGGCAGCAACAAUGGCGGCCGCCAACCAAGCAAGAACUACGGAUGCCAAUAAAACUCACUAGGCAAAGUGCAGCCAUGCCUUCACCUAGAGGCCAUCCACCACCUAGGAUAAGAAAUCCCUUGCCUCCUAAGAACACUUCCAAAGCCAACCCUAAACCUAUUGCCAUCUCUAGUGCCACCAACUGCAAGGCCACCUCACACCAAACACCAUGCCUUCGUUUGCUGUCAAGGUUGGAUGUGGAUAUUAAGAACGAGGGACCAAGCAAAGCUGCAUGCACUGAUAUCAUCAAGAAGGGAGUAAGGCAGCAGAGGUAUCACCUGAAAAUGAAGUACUUCGACCCUACACUCACAAUGGAACAGCUCUUGGCCAAACAACCUCCACCAAAGAUGAAGAAAGAGGAGUGGGUAAAGCUGAGGCCUAAGUACAACAACAUGGAACCAGAUGCUGUUGAUUUCUUUGGGGAGUGCAUGACUAGUCGCCAAAGUGGAACAAAUGGUGGCAGAGAAGAAAGAGAGCCAGAAGAAGGAGAAGCACAAAAGUCUCCCUCCACUAUUGUUGCUGAAAGUCUCAGCCACAUCAGCCGUUCAUCCACCUUUCUUCCGAACAUUGGUGUCCCUAGACUGUCGAAGACUGGCCAAGCCUCAUCGACAGCAGCACAAGCAUGCCUUCAAGCUGAGUUUGAGGCAAGACUUCAAGCUGAAAGAGACGAAGCUGCUAGGAAGCAGGAAGAAUUGCAAGCACAGCUUCAAGCUCAGCAAGCCGCACUCCAAGAAAACCAAAGUUUGCUGCGCCAGACUCAAGAGGAAGUGAAGGGGAUGAAUACCAAGUUUGAAGAGACUAAUGCACUGCUGCGAGCUGUCCUCAAACUUCAGAAAGAUUGA